GAUUUCUUGGUCGAACGCACCCUUACGGAACCCUUGAUGCCAUGUAUACGAUGCUCACGGGCCACGUAUACUGACUAUCUGGUUGAUCUUGAAGCGACGCCAGAACUAUGGCACGCAUCGUGGCCAAAUAUGCUUUCUAUCCGCCGCGACCGACGUAUUCAGUGGUAGCUUGUGAGGAUGGAUCAUCGUACAGACUCCAACUGGAUUUGAACGCUUUUCCCUAUAUGUCCAACGUUUCGGAACCGUCGGAGUUGCUCGCCUUCUACACAACGACCCAACGUCAAUCGAAAAUAGUCUGUCUGUAUGUUCCAUCGGAUGGCGGUUGCUUAUCUUCUGUGAGCUCCCCACGUCGAACUACUGUUUUGGCUUCUAGUACAGAGGCUCCGUACACAGUUCUGUUUAGUCAUGGAAACGCAGUGGAUUUGGGUGCGACGGCCGAUUUCCUGCAGGAAUUCGCGCGUCGGUUCCGUGUCAAUAUCCUCUCUUAUGAUUAUUCCGGUUACGGUCUGAGUACCGGUGAUCUCUUGGAAAGUAAUGUAUACGCCGACGCGGAGGCCGUGAUGAGCGAGCUCCGUGAACGCUUCUCUGUACCGCUGGAACGCACGAUUCUUUACGGACAAAGCCUCGGAACUGCACCGACAGUUGAACUGGCAACGAAAUACAAGGUUGCCGGCGUAGUUCUCCACUCCCCUCUCAUGUCCGGCCUGAGGGUCGUUUGGCCUAAUCUAAAAACGAGCUUCUGUUUCGAUGCCUUUACCAACAUCGAAAAGAUACCAAAGAUUCGAUCACCGACACUCAUCAUACACGGGACGGCGGACGACGUCAUUGGGGUUAAUCACGGGCGUGAGUUGUACUCCCGCCUACCGAAUCCGCUAGAACCUUUGUGGGUUGACGGAGCUGGACACAAUGACAUCACCGAAUUUCCCGCAUAUUUCGACCGCCUGGAACGAUUUUUCAAACAGGAUCUGAAAUCGAAUUUGCCACUGGACGAGCUACCCAGCAACAAUAUUAGCAGCUUUUCUUCAUCCAAAGCAACGUGAUGCGUUUUUCCGUGCGUUCUAGAACGAACCAGAUCUGAAGGGAGACUCGCAGUUCUGAAUUCAACCUUGAUAGAUACUUGUUAUUGACUUUGCUUACCUUUUUUUUCUUACCCCACUCACUAAUAAUGUUUUAUUUUGUCCUUUCCCCACUUGGAUCUUUCACCCCACGGGCAUUUCAUGCACUGUUUAAAUCGUUCAGAUCGAUCUUCAUAUACCCCCUAUCUAUGUAUUGCAACAGUAGCGUCAACUGUGAUAACUUAAUGGUUUUUGCGAUGGCAUGUGAUUAGCCGAAGCGGUAUGUAACCGGAUACAAAAUUGCUUAUCAUUCUCGCUUUUUAACAGUGCUUUUC